AUGACUACAGAAUUCCCAUAUAUUUCGGCCAUGGACUUUUUGACCCGUAUGGAUGAUCCAUACUGUCUCGACCUCAUCCAUGAAGAAUACAAUACCAUUGAGCUGACCCGGAGAAGUUUCGCAGAACCUGACAAUGGGGCUGGCCGCAGUGGAUGCUCAAUGGUAGCGCACCAAUUUUUUCGCUGCCUGAAGACAGAAGAGAGGUACCACGGCGCCAGUUUUGUAGAUGGCUUCGACUCAUGCAAUGGACAACGGAAGUAUAUCUGCGUCAGCAACCCGGAAGAAGAAGACUGCGAGAAGUUUUGGCAAUUAGCGUGGCGUCAUGAAGUCACAACUAUCGUUAAGGCAUCCCGAAGAGCUGAGGCAGAAAGCUACCAGUAUUGGAGUUCAACUGAAGGCAGUGAGAUAGAGUGUGGAGGGUUUAGAGUGAAGACUCUGAAGAUCUCCGAGAAGCCUCGUUUUACUCUAACAGUGUUGCGCCUGUCAGACCGUGCGGAUCGUGAGCGUGAGAUUCAGCAUUACCAGUACACUGCCUGGCAUAAUAGCUUUGAAGAUGAUCCGCUUGUGUUCUUGUCCUUUGUGUGCAGUUUGAACGAAACAUAUACCAUUUCUGAAAAGAAACAACGGGGUGGCAAGAAGCCUGGAGCUGUUAUGGUCCACUGCAGUGAUGGACUUAGCUGCUCGGCAGUGUACUGUAUCCUCGAUAUUUGUGUUACCCAGUUCAAGAGCACAGGUACGUUGUCUGUGGCCAACACUCUACAGAAACUAAGACGGCAAAAGUAUAGUUGCUUGAACCGUAUAGAAGAUUACACUUUCUGCUAUCAAGCCAUGCAUGUGUUUGUCUUAGGAGAAAUGGGAUGGAGCCAAAGAUAUCUAAAUGAAAGACAAUCUACUUAA